CCAAAAGAACCCUAGCCUCCUCCAACUUCAGCGUCGCCUCCCUCGACGGAUCGAAGCGCCUCUGCCACAUCCGCGGCAAGAUGCACAAGAAGGUCUGGAUCGCUGCCGGGGACAUCAUCCUCAUCGGCCUCCGAGACUACCAAGACGACAAGGCGGACAUCAUCUUCAAGUAUAUGCCUGACGAGGCCCGUCUCCUUAAGGCCUACGAUGAGCUCCCUGAGAACAUCCGCCUCAACGAGGGCAUUGGAGGGCUCGACGAGGAGGACGAGGCCGGUGCCGAUGACUACAUCGAGUUCGAGGAUGAAGAUAUCGACAAGAUCUAAGGUAGUAGGAUUUUCAGAAGAUGAUGAUUCAGAGGAGAUCAGAAGGUCUUGGAUGGUGAAGAGGAAGAAGGAUUUUCAGAAGAUGGAGAAGGUUCACGGUCGGCUGGUCAAUAUUCUCGAGGGGCUCGGGCUCCACGCCGGAGUUUUCAGCCCCGCCGAGCAGAAACAGAUCGUGGAUUGCAUCUAUGUCCUCCAGAAGAAAGGCCGGAACGGUGAGCUCAGAGAACGAACGUAUUCGGAGCCGAGGAAAUGGUCAAGUUCGGAUAACAAUUCAGUUCGGUUGCUGCUACAAUUACGCAGUGGACAAGAAGGGCAACUCUCCAGGCAUAAUUCGCGACGAACAAGUCGAUCCCAUUUCUGAUUAGCUGCUAUACCUCUACCUGUUGGCUCUGUGCUUAUUCUGAACGGAAAUGGAGCUGAAAUCGCUAAGCACUGUGUGCCCGCUGUGCCUUCAAGUAUAACCCCAACCAGUUCAAUCUGGAUGACUUCCCUCCUCUUGGCUUUGGUUCGGCUAGCCACUCAAAGAAAACGACCCGUUCACUUAGACAGUGAAAGUGAAUUCCGUCUGUUUAAGUAACAUUGUCAUGGAUGUCUCAGAGGAACUGCCUGUUCGGCAAUGAACAAUUUUCUUUUUGGACUUGAUUGAGCUUCAAAGCUCCUCUUUUCUUGUGUUAUGUAUUUGUAGAUUUAUCUGAUUGAUUGGAUAAGGUUUUUUGCAUUGUAUAAGCUAUAAAAAAUAUUGACAAUAACACUGCAUCUUGCCAUUGAUGGUGAUUUUGUUUUGUAAUGUUGAUCGUUGAAACAAUAUCUUAAGUAAUUUAUGAGCUUAGCGUUUGGUUGUUUA